UGGGAACAAGCCUUUAUUCUUUAAAGGUGUCAGCUUGACCAACUUUAUGUCAAAGUAACACUGAAAUUAGAAAGACGAAGUUUUGUUAUUACUUUUUUAUUACGUAAACUGCAGAAUAACCAAGAUGUUACGUUCUGCAGUUGGUGUGUGUCACAAUGCCAAUUUGGCUCCAGUUUCACUUGUUAAAAAUUUAACUGGUGCAUUCGCUGUACAAUCUAAACAUCAAGCAACUAUAGCAGCUCCAGAAGUUCGAGCUGAUUUAGCACCACGUAGACCUACAUCACCGUUUCAAGUAAAUAAAAGUAAUUUAGGCGAAUAUAUUACAGCACGUUUAGAUGAUUUACUUAAUUGGGGUCGAAAAGGUUCUAUAUGGCCAAUGACAUUUGGAUUAGCAUGUUGUGCUGUGGAAAUGAUGCACAUUGCAGCACCCAGAUACGAUAUGGACAGAUAUGGUGUGGUAUUUCGUGCUUCUCCACGUCAAGCUGAUGUAGUUAUCGUAGCUGGUACAUUAACAAAUAAAAUGGCACCAGCUCUUCGUAAAGUUUAUGAUCAAAUGCCCGAACCACGUUGGGUUAUUUCAAUGGGUAGUUGUGCCAAUGGUGGCGGUUAUUAUCAUUAUUCCUAUUCAGUUGUUAGAGGUUGUGAUCGAGUUAUUCCUGUUGAUAUUUAUGUACCAGGAUGUCCACCAACGGCAGAAGCUUUAAUGUACGGUGUUUUACUUUUACAGAAAAAAGUAAAGCGUAUGAGUACACUUCAAAUGUGGUAUAGAAAAUAAAUAACGAUGUUUCGUAUUGUAAAUAUUUUGUUAAUAUAA